AUGUUGUCGCGCAGGGGGACCAUCGCUGAAGGCCUCUUCGUCCUUCUCGUCCUCGUCAUUACAUGCGCCCUCGGUCUCUCCGCGGUUCUCCUCCUCUCCCAGGUCAUCCGGAACACAAAUGGCCAGUCCCUCCAGCACAACUACAACCUCAUUGUCGUAGGCGCGUCCUAUGCCCUGGUCUUGGUCGUAUCCAUUGCAUUUUGCCUGAAACGCAGGCUAGCCGUAAGACGGAAACUCCAGCGGAUUUCCAAGGUUUACAAGACUCUCGAGAAAGGUGACGUUCCGAAGUCCGUGCACCAGUAUAUCCUUCAGGAAUAUACCCGGACAUGUCUUAUUGCAUUCGAGUCCCAGCCACGAGACGGUGUCCAGGAAGGUUGGGGCAGACCCGGUAUUAAAUACGCCGAUAUACAUUUCCGCCGCUCACUGCUGGAUACGAUACCAGAAAUAGGUAAGUACAGGGCAGACUGCUGUUCACAGGCUCCUGAAGAUGGACUAACGCCUCUGCACUAUUACGACUCUGCGAUCCAGCUUGCCCGACAUUCGUGCAGGGAACCAUCCGAGAUAGAGUACGAGGAAGGCUGCAAGGCCGCAUCAGAGAUCAAGCGCAUCCUGUACGAGUGUCGGCUAGAGAUGCUGGAAGGGUCAUCAACGGAUCUGCAGCAGGAUACCCGGUAG